UAAGGUGAAGGUGCCCAGCAGGCUGAGGCUUGUGUGCAACCCAGAAGAGAGCUUGCUAACGCCAGCAAAAAGGUUCAGAACAGCCUGGCUUUGGAAAGGAAUUUCAUCCUGCCCACACACUGCAUAGCAGGAGGGAAGCAUGUCUACUUUAUCCAAUUUCACACAGACACUGGAAGACGUCUUCCGAAGGAUUUUUAUUACUUACAUGGACAAUUGGCGCCAGAACACGACAGCUCAGCAAGAGGCCCUCCAAGCCAAAGUUGAUGCCGAGAACUUCUACUAUGUCAUCCUGUACCUCAUGGUGAUGAUUGGAAUGUUCUCUUUCAUUAUCGUGGCCAUCCUGGUGAGCACUGUGAAAUCCAAGAGACGGGAACACUCCAAUGACCCCUACCACCAGUACAUUGUAGAGGACUGGCAGGAAAAGUACAAGAGCCAAAUCUUGAAUCUAGAAGAAUCGAAGGCCACCAUCCAUGAGAACAUUGGUGCGGCUGGGUUCAAAAUGUCCCCCUGAUAAGGGAGAAAGGCACCAAGCUAACAUCUGACGUCCAGACAUGAAGAGAUGCCGGUGCCACGAGGCAAAUCCAAAUUGUCAUUGCUUGGAAGAAAGUGAGUUCCUUGCUCUCUGUUGAGAAUUUUCAUGGAGAUUAUGUGGUUGGCCAAUAAAGAUAGAUGACAUUUGAAACUCAAUGAUUUAUGUUUGCUUGUUGGAGCAAUAUUUUGUGCUGAAGACCUCUUUUACUUUCUGGGCAAGUAAAUGUCAUUUUAAUCAAUAUCAAUGGCGAAAAUAAAGCCAAAUUUGAAG